CCACUCACUGCAUCAUUCUGCUUAUACAAUCCCCACAACAAUGUCUUCUUUACCUCACCUGGUUAAUUUCCUUCUCAGCCAUGGCCGCCGCAAUUUCCUUCACAAUCUCUAAACCUUCUCUCUGUUCUCAACUCUCUAAACCCGUUUCUAGAUUUGGGGCUCGCCGUCUGAGAAUCAUGGCUGCGGCUACCGGAACUAAGGUGGUGCCCGCGGUGAUUGUUGGAAGUGGCCGCGUUGGGAGGGCGCUGCUGGACAUGGGAAACGGUGAAGAUUUUUUGGUGAAGAGAGGCGAGUCCGUCCCCCUUGAUUUUUCGGGUCCGAUUCUUGUAUGUACCAGGAAUGAUGAUCUUGAGGCUGUUCUUGAAGCCACUCCUCGAUCGAGAUGGAACGAUUUGGUUUUUUUCCAGAAUGGAAUGUUGGACCCUUGGUAUGAAAGCAAAGGUCUGGAUGAUGCUAAUCAAGUCUUAGCAUAUUUUGCUAUCUCAAAGCUCGGAGAGGCUCCUGUGGAUGGAAUAACGGAUACCAAUCCUGAAGGACUGACAGCAGCGUACGGAAAAUGGGCGUCUGCCGUAGCAGGAAGGCUCAAUGCUGCUGGCCUCUCCUGCAAGGUUCUUGGCAAGGAAGCCUUUGAGAAACAAAUGUUGGAGAAGCUGAUUUGGAUUUGUGCAUUUAUGCUUGUUGGAGCACGUCAUCCAGGUGCGACAGUGGGUGCCGUGGAGAAGGAUUAUCGCUCUGAAGUUUCUAGCCUCAUUGCAGAACUUGCAUCUGCAGCUGCAGCUGAAAGGCAGUUGGUGUUCGAAGAAGGUAUAGAGGAAAGAUUAUGUGCGUAUUCUCGUGCUGUCGCACACUUUCCAACGGCAGUAAAAGAGUUCAAAUGGCGAAACGGGUGGUUCUAUUCUCUGUCUGAGAAAGCCAUUGCUGCAGGAAAACCUGACCCUUGCCCUCUGCAUAGUGCUUGGCUUAAGGAGCUGAAAGUUGUCGAGGAAUGAUCCAGUAUUGCCGUUACAUGGAUUUCCUAUUGCACAACCGUUCUCCAAUCCAAAGUGUAAAACCUUCUUUUUGUUCUAAAAAGUAGAUUUUGUGUAUGUGUUGUUCAUCAUCUAGAAAUCACCUCCAGUCACUUGUUUUAGGAGGGGAUAACGUUAACUGAGCCCUACCCUCGAUCAUCUGUACCAUCCUGAAUUUGUUGACAAUAAAUAAAAUGCAUCGAUAAUGCUAAGAGAUCACCUCA